AGUAAAAGAUUGCACAAAAAUAACUAUAAUUAAUUUUACUUUUAGAGGAAAUCCAAAAUCCCAGCUUCAAGAAAGCUUCUUUUAAAGACUCUUAUGCUUGCAAGAGCAAGUGAAGAUUUGGAACAAGAGAUAAGAGAAACAGAAGAGGAAAAGAAAAGGACUUUAGCAGAAAACGUUCCAGCAUUACAGACAAGUGGAUUGUCUGUUCAACAACUACAGGAAUUAUGCAUGAAACUUCACAGGCAAAUUGAUGCCGUGGAUGAAGAGCGUUACGAUAUUGACGUCAAAGUGAAAAAAAAUGAACUGGAGAUUGGAGCUUUAACUCAAAAGAUUUAUGAUCUGAAAGGAAAAUUCAAACGCCCCAAUCUGCGCAGAGUCCGUAUAUCUGCAGAUGCCAUGCUUAAAGCUCUGCUUGGAACCACUCACAAAGUUUCAUUAGACUUGAGAUCCAAUCUAAAAUCAGUGAAAAAAGAAGAUGAGAAGAAAAAGGAAGAAGAAGUUACGGAUUGGCGUAAAAAUAUUGAGGCCAUGUCAGGGAUGGAGGGCAGGAAAAAGAAGUUUGACACCAGUAACGCUUAAGAAAGAUGUCAGGACACAAAACUUUGAUGUUUUGAAGAUUUGGAAUAAACUAAUAUUAAAAUUCAGACUAACAUAAAAAUGAGACAAUCAAGAUAUUUAAAUGUAAAAAUUGUUUUUCGUUUUCUUGCUCAGGUUUAGAUACAAAAAAUGUUGAAUUAUCUUUUUGGAAUGUUCACAAUAAACAAACAUCACAGAAUAA